AUGAAAGUCGGCGAGUUCCAGAAAGAGGCGAAUAUCACUCCCGAUGCAUAUUCGCGUUUCAUGAGCCAGCACGAGAAGGACAAGGGAUCCAAAUCUUCCGUAUAUCUGGUAGCGUGGGCAUUUUUCAAGACGCGCGAGAUCCAAGGCAUCAAAACAACCCCGAACAAGAAGGCGAGGAGUAGCCAAGGACCCGCACAAAAAGAUAGCGUACCCAGUAUUGACGACAUCGAGCUUGACGGCGAGAAGGACGAUAAAGUGCCCUUAUUCGACACAUGCGACGACGUCCGUAAGAAGAUCAACGCGCACCUCAAAAAGCCCGGUGUAACACAGGCGGCAUUCCUUCGCGCAGCCUCCACAUCCUUCCACAAUCCGCCCAAGACCCUCAACGCCCGCGAACUAUCUGCUUUCCGCAGCAAGAAGGGAGCAUUGAACGGCAAUACGUCUGGUGUGUUUUACGGUGCUUAUGUCUACUUUGAGAAACUGCGUAUCGAAGAAGGCAAGCCCAAGAGCAAGAAGAGGCAAGAAAUGGGAGAGAUACAUGCCAAAGAUGGCGGUUUGGAUACGAAGCGCAUGCAAGACAGGCUCCUGACAUUGGCGGGGGAUCAUUGGCACCAUGACGCUUACGGGAGGACCAUUCUCAACGGAGAGGUUCUGCUUUGA